UCAGAAAUGAUGUCAUAGUGUGUAGAUAUAAUUUUAAAUGUGACGUUAGUUUAAUUCUGCCGACGAAUUGGGGGAAGUAGCACACUUUUUGUCGGCUGAAAUAGUUUCUCAGUGAAAUAAUUUAGUUUUUUAGGUGAUAACUAUGACUUAUUACCAAUAUCGAUCUACGGGCAUCAUGCCGCCGCCACCUCUGACUGACAAACUUCGGCUGUAUCAUGUAGAGAUGAACCCCUACGGUCACAGGGUUCAGCUAGUGCUGGAAGCGAAGAAGGUCAAAUAUGAAGUGUACAAAUUGGAUCCGUUGAAAUUGCCCGAAUGGUUUAGAGAGAAAAAUCCUAGAUUAAAAAUUCCAGUGCUCGAAAUCCCUUCAGAUCACGGCGACAAGUAUUUAUUCGAGAGCGUGGUCAUCUGCGACUACCUGGAUGAGAAGUAUCCACGUAACCCUCUUCACUCCCGGGACCCGUACGUGAAGGCACAGGACAGGCUGUUGAUUGAACGGUUUAACGAGUUAAUCAAAGGCAGUUUAGAAUGCUUCGACACAAAUUUCGCGUACGGCAGCGAUCAGAUCAUUCAGACCUUAGAUAUAUUUGAAAAGGAGUUAGCGGCUAGAGGUACAAACUAUUUCGGCGGCCACCGCCCUGGUAUGUUGGACUACAUGAUCUGGCCGUGGGUGGAGCGGCUGUACCUCCUCAGGUGUGUCAACGAGCAAAAAUUCGACAGCAAGCGGACACUGUUCCCUAAUUUUGCUGAUUGGGGCGACCAAAUGCAGCUAGAUGAAGCUGUGAAAAAACUGGCGACUUCACCUGCGGUAUACUUUGAUUACUACAAGAAUGCGCGGGCGCACUCAAUGGGAUACUAUCUAUAAUGAAACAAACAAAAAUAGUUAUAUCUUUACCAUUAACUAACAACAAGUUAUUUAUUUAAAGUAUUAGGGCUUUUUGAAGAUAAAUAGAAAUAAAAAAAAAAAUUGUAAAUGUCAUCUAGUGUCUAAAAUCCGUUAUAUUUAAGAAAAAAUGUCGAUACGUAAUUUUGAAAAAAGUGGGUAAUCAAUGUCUUAAUUUUAAAAAUUUUGAUGCUUUUUCUUAUAAUAUACUUUUUUAUAUAUUAUACAUAUUUAUAACGUAGGUACCUACUUAACACUCUAGUUGCAAGCAUACAGGUUACAGUAACCACUUACAAUAAAAUUUACUUUUUGCUUGUCAAUUUAGGGUUAAAGUGUAGGUGUGAGUGAACUCAAAUUUUCUCAAUGUACCUACUUUCAUGUUAUGAACCUAUAUCUCAUAUCAUAAUAUUAUGUGUCUAUAUUAGAUCAAGUCAAAGCUUUUUUGAAUACAAAAAUACACAUUCUCGUUUAUUUUGUACUUAAUUAUUUAGUUUUAAGCUAUUAAGUAUGUUAUGAUCUAUUUUUAAAAUCUGCAUUUUAUGAAUGACUUCGUUGUAAUUUUUUUUUGGACGAUUACUUUUAGACUUAAGUGUCACAAAAUUUACAUUUUUUUAUGAGUGUUUGUGUCUAUUUGUGUUUUUUCUUUAUAACUUUGAUUGUGAGUCAAUAGAUUCUUAAUUACAUAUUUAAGAAUAUUU